AUGGCCUUCUCGAACAUGGAGGCGGCCCUGGACGCGCCGCUCCUCAGAGUCGACGACGCCUCGAUCUCCGCCUCUUCCGUCUCGACGCAGAAGCGCGACGCCUCCGCCGGCGCCGGCGUCUUCGCGCUGUUGAUCGCUUUGACCGUCGGCGACAUCGUGCUGGGCGCGAUCCUCUUCGACCGCUUCGGCGAGAUCUAUGCCCAGUACCUGAAUUUAGCAACGGCCGCGUGCUACUGCGUCGCGAGCACGGCCGCCGUGCUCUGGCGCCGCGCGCCGCGCCGCGCGCCGGCGCGCCUGCUCGUCGUCAUCGGCGUGCUCAACGGCGGCGGCAACUUCUUCCAGGCCGUGGGCCAGCCCCACACGCCGGGCAUCACGCAGUCGCUCCUCAGCGCGACGCUGAGCGUGCCCCUCGUCCUGUCGCUCUCGCUGCUGUUCCUCGGGAAGCGGCCGUCGCGGACGGCGGCGGCCGCCGCGGCGCUCGUCGUCGCCGGCGCGGCGUGCAGCGCGUUCCGGUCCCGGCUUUUCGCGUCCCGCGCGCUCAUCGACGCCGGCGGCGAGGACGACGGCGGCGCCGGCGGCAUCGUCGUCGAGUGGUACGCCGUCGCGCUCUUCGCGUUCGCGCAGUUGAUAUUCUCCGCGGAGCGCGUCUUCGAGGAGUCGGUCUUCGCGCGGGCGCUCGAGGGCCUCGACGCGACGACCAUGUUCUGCUGGACCAUGUGGGUCCAAUUCGUCCUGUACCUGCCCCUGCUGCCCUCGCAGCAGCUCCCGGCGCUCGGGGGGCUGACGCCGCCGCAGAUCCUCCCCGUGGAGCGCGACGGCCUGUGGUGCACGCUCGGCCGCACCGCGGCCACGCCGGCGGGGUUGGAUCUCCCGGGGUGCGACCUCGUGAACACGGCGCUGUUCUUCGCGUACGUCGCCGUCGACGGCUGCUGCUACUGCUACGGCCUCUACGUCAUCAAGCGGUACGGCGCGUCGGCCAUGGUCGUCGCGGGCUCCGUGGCGCUGCCGCUGCAGCAGGUCGUCUUCUGCGCGCCCUUCCUCGUCGGCCGGCGCUACGCCGAGAGCCUCUACGGCGCGGACGUCGCCGCGCUGGUCCUGGUUCUCGCGGGCUUCGUCGGCUUCCACCGCCUCAGCCCGGAGGGCGCGCUGCGCGGGUAA